AUGCUGAGACCAUGCGAAGGGCAUGUGGCCUCCACUGAGUGCGCGUACUGCUUCUUGAACAGGUACAAUAGCCAGGGGCUCUACCUCUGCAUGCACUGCAACUUCUGCGCCUGCCUGGAUCACGUUAACAUUCAUCAGGAAAAGACCGGUCAUGUGCACUAUUUACAUAUCCUUUAUACCCUCAAGAACAAAGAGGGGAACAUAACUGCACGUGAUAGGGUGGACAUGCUGCUUAACAACAAGAACGAAGAGAUUGUUAAUCUUGAGACGAAGAUUUAUCAGUUUCCCGGUAGACAGGCUGUGCUAUCUGUCCCCGACGAAAUGAUGGACUGCUACCUUUUCUUACUUGAUGGCGAGGACGACCCUGACAGAACGUUGCUUAAAAAGAAGCCAGGCGCGUCUCUAUCAUCCCUAUCCGACCACGCCCAGGUCUACGAUCAACUAGCUUCUUCAUGCGAGCAUGUGAUUGAGAUACUUACCUCUCAACCGCCUGCGUAUAGAGCUCACCACAACUGCUUCUCAUCAUGUGCAAGUUGUGACGUGUCAAACAACCUUUGGCUCUGCCUGUACUGUGGCCACGUUGGCUGUGGGCGCGCUCAGGCAUAUAGUGAGCUGGGCGGGAACGGCCAUGCUCUUGCACACUAUGAGUCGAACUGCGAUCAUUGCGUGGCUCUAAAACUCUCAUCUCUCAGUGCAUCUGUUUGUGAAGCAUACUGUUACAACUGUGAUGUAUCUAUCGAUUCAAUCUUUACUGUGCCAGACAUGAGAUCUAUGCUGCAAAGCUAUCUAGAGUGCACAUAUGGUCACGAUGUUGCUGAUUUAAUGAAUCGUACAGAUGGGGCCUGUCUGUCUCUUCAGCAGCAAACGGAGAGGGUAGACGAGUUGAUAGAUAGAUAUGGGCUUGCAAAAAGUAUGCAGAGUUCUCAGAUCUCGCUGUUGGGCGUGCUCUCUGGCUUUAGAAAUACCGGCAACACGUGUUAUGCUAGUGCUGUCGUUUCAUGUCUUAGAGCGGCAGGUGUCUUUCCCAGACGGACCAAGGAGCUCGAGAUUGAGGCGCUCAAUCACUAUCACACGUGCAGUUUGUUAGAUCCCAUCGACUGCUCCAUCUGCCAACUGUAUAGGCUAUACGUUUGGGGAUUUCGCACAAUAAACUACAGUGCCACAGAUCUCCUGGCCCAUGGAUACCUGGAGAAUGACCUGCCAUACUUUAUCAUGUAUUCAGACCCCCACAUCACUCCUUUGAUCAGAUUGCUUACGCCAUACUUUGCCACUGACGAAAAUGUUGGGUUUCAGCACGAUUCAGCUGAUUACCUCAACAAUCUAUUAGACUUUUUCGACCACCAUAGACCUGAUCUAGUUAGAAAGGUGACUCUCCCCGCGAUGAGGCGUGAACUAAGGUGUGCAUCGUGCAUGGGACACGUUUACAAGCCAGAAAAUCAGCACGAAUGGGGGAUCUCCUUGACAUGCUCUCUCUUCGACACCGUUACAGAAUGCGAAGUGGGAGCAGAGGUGUCGAUGCAGAGCUCUCUUAGAAGCGAGAUAGGGGGCUAUGCUAGUACGAUAGAUGGAUUGCGCUGCCCUCUGUGCUCAGCCAUCAACGUAUGUGGCGAGGUGCCGAAGCUAUUGCUGUCAUCGUCAUAUCUCGCCAAGACCGAGAGCGCCUUUCCAGAAAUACUGAUCGUAAAAGCAAUUAGGCAGUAUUUUGAUGUAUCAAGGAUGCGGUCAUAUAAACUUUUGACUAGAUUGAUAGACACUGACAAAAUCAAAAUCAAUUUCUUAGUUAGUACACAUACAGAAGAAGACGAAGAGAAGUGCAACACCGAAGCGUGGAGACAAGCCCUGGUGGCCAUGGAAUCGGGAGCCAUGAUCCCAGGUGUUCAGCAGAACCAACGUACAAAUGUGGAUGAACAACUGAGUGCCAUGAUGGACAUGAUGGUCGCAGACAGAAAGACAUGUAUGAAGGCUCUGAGACAGUGCAACGGGGAUAUAAGAUUGGCAGUGGAUGCAAUACUCAACAACGAAGUGGCAGAUGAUGAUCAGCACGAUGCACAUCACGAACUUCCCCUUCCUCAGGCUCCAGCACCUGCGAUUGCGAAAGAGAGAAUUGCAGAGGCAGUGCACAAUCUUCGUCAAGAACAAGAGAUAGACUCAGCAAUGAACGCAGCAGGUGUGUCCUAUGCAGAAAGAGAUGCGAUGAACCUUACAUACAAAUUGGUGGCCUUUGUGCUACACCGGGGAACAGAGCUCGACAGUGGGCACUAUCUCGCCUACGUGCGAGCCAGCUUAUUUUCGGAGGAGGAUCUUAGCGAGAUGCAGGUGCGUGAGCUUGUCAACAGAGACCAAGAUUGGAUGGUUUUCAACGACGAAGAGGUCACUCUUACACAGGAUCCCCCGGUGCAAAUGGCAUACAUAUAUUUCUAUAAGAGGAUGGCUAAGUGCUAA